UCCAGAGAACAAGAAAUCUAAACAAUAUGAAACACUCGAGCUGCAAUGUCAAGUCUGAUGAAGAAAGCUUACUUCCCAUUUCUUCAAAAAAGACAACGACGACCGCUUCAAGUGUGGUCAAUAGCACAUUAUCUUCGGCAUCAAAUAUUGCAAAGAUAUUGCCCACUGGAAUUUUGUUUGUGUUUCAGGCUCUUUCUAAUCUUCUCUCCAAUAGUCAAGAAUGCCAAACAUCAGAUAAGUAUUUAGUAGGAGUGGUUGUGGCUAUUCUUGGAAUAGCAUGCUUCUUCUUUUCACUGGUAGACACCUUCACAGAUGCCUCCACAGGCAAGGUUUAUUAUGGAAUUGCCACCGUCAAAGGGCUAGCCACUGGUAAUGAAAUCAAGCCUUCGAUUGAGUCUGAUUAUAAGAUUAAAUCUAAGGAUUUGGUUCAUGCAGCUAUGGCAGUUUUGGUAUUUUGUGUGAUAGCCCUCACAGACCAAAAUGUGGUGCAUUGUUUAUAUCCAUCUGAAGAAGCCAAUAUACAGAAGAUAUACCAGGCACUUCUUGUUGCGCUGGGUGCACUUAGUGGUGUCGUAGUUGUUAAGCUUCCCUCCAAAAGGCAAGGAAUCACUAGUCCGGUUACCAAAACAUGAGGUCAAAGCUAAACAUUAAGAAGCAUUUAUCUUAUUUUUA